ACUGCUCCAUUAUGUCCAACACCAGGAAGAUCCGGGGGCUUUGACUGGACAUUGUUGCAGAGAGGUGUUGUUUAACUAAAACACCAAAAAUCCUCCACAACCAGCAGUUGAUUUGUAAACAGCCAAACCUGAACCACCUCGUCUUCUACCCUUCUUAUAUACAGACUAUGCUUUCACCAGAACUACAGAAAAACAAAAAGAAGAAACAUUAAGGUGCUGGCAAAACAAUGGGGAUCACUAAACUGGCCGAUUUGAUCCGCUCAGGUGCUCCAGGUGCUAUUUCUCAUAAGGAUAUCAGUGACUACACAGGAAAAGUAAUCGCACUGGAUACCUCCAUUGUUAUGAACCAGUUCCGUGCAGCGACGCCUUCCCUAAGCCCUCUGACAGGCCUCUUCUUCCGCACGCUCACCUUCCUGGAACAUGACAUAAAGCCAGUCUUUGUGUUCGACGGAAAGCCUCCCAGGGAAAAGACAGCUGUUCUUGAGAAGCGAGCUGAGGCAGCUGGUUGGAGCUCCCCCAACUGCACCGGCACAGCAUCAUCCCUGACCAAAGAUUGUCUCCAGCUUCUGAAGCUUCUGGGUGUACCAGUCAUCCAGGCUCCAGGGGAUGCUGAGGCACGGUGCGCCCAUCUGGUGAGAGAGGGGACUGUGGACGCUGUGGCAUCAGAGGACAUGGACACACUGCCGUUUGGAGCCAAUAUUCUCAUUCGCCAGCUGAAUGCCAAGAAGGACAGUGAAGUCAUUGAAUAUUCUUUGCCCAAGCUGUUAGAGAAGCUCCAAAUUAGUCACAAGGAGUUUGUUGAUCUGUGUAUUUUAUUGGGCUGUGACUACUGUGACAAGAUAACUGGUCUGGGUCCUAAGAGAGCUCUGACACUGAUCCAGAAGCAUCGUACUAUUGAGAAUGUGGUUUUGCACAUCAACAGAAAGACCCAUCCUGUGCCACAUUUCUGGAAGUACGAAGAAGCCCGGAAGAUAUUCUUGGAUGCACCACAAACAGUAGCUCCUGAACUCACCUGGACUGAGCCAGAUGAAGAAGCCUUGGUUCGGUUCCUCUGUUACGUCAAACGCGUUAAGGAGGACAGGGUCCGUCGUCGAAUGGAGAAGUACCGUCAGAUGCGGGAAAGUAACCGGGAGGAGAGGGAAAAGGAGAGGGCAGCAGGGCGCAGCAGGCAGUCUCGCAUGGAGGACUUCUUUAGAGUUACCAGAAAGAGGGAUCAGCCUGUGGAAGCUGCAGACUCUUUAAGCAGCAACAGAAAGAGACCAAAGUCGAAAUAAGGCCACCACCAUCUGCUGCUUGCUGCCUCCACCAUCAAAAAAAAAGGAUUGGUUUUUCAGCCCUGUCUGCCAGAUAUCUAAAAGUUAUUAUGAAAAAAAGAACAUUGACCAAUUGGGAAUUUCUCAGCUGUGAGAUGACUGUGUUUUAACAAAUGAUCAUUAUUACUUUAUGCGUUAUUCCUGUGCUGAUGAGAAAUUCUAGCAUCUUCGUCGACUAAAUGGUAAUCCAUUCAUUUUGAUUUUGUUUUCUGUAAAACUGAUAAUUUCAUUAGUUUCAGAUGCAGCAGCUGUACAUGUUGGAUCAUGGUAUUGCAUUGGCACAGGACUGCGCUUUUCCAAGUGCCUUCUAGUCACCGCCGAAUCUUGAAGAAGCCAAACAGACAUCUUGCAAGAUACAAGUCUUUGUCUCUGCAUGGGAGUAUUACCCACACUGACAAUACAGUCAUCUGAUCUGGUCUUAACAGCAUUGUCUGCAAUAAUGCAAUUCACUGAGCAGUUCUUCAGUGUAUCCAGCAGUUCCCUGCUAAAGCCACCAAGCAAAGCAGAGCAGGCGGCGGACGGCUAUGAAAGAGAACAGUGUGAUCACUGUCAGGGAGGCCUUCACCCAAGCCAAAACUGGAGACAGGGGGUGUCUCAUCACUAGAUAUUCAGUCAGCACCUGUUGUGUAAAGGGUGCCAAGGCAGAGACCAAAGACUUGAAUUUUAACGUGUUAUCAUGUCUUAAAGACAUAGAGAGAGAAAUGUUUAAAUCCAUGUGAAGAACAUUGUAUAUUAUUUUGAAAAAAACUUGUAAACACAGAAUGUCCUGUGUGUCGUGCAUAUUUUUAUAUUUUAUAUGUAUAUUCCUUUUUAAAUUAAAAUAAUAUGUCAAUUGA